AUGAAAAUCAUAUUAUUUACCCUUGCCGUAGUAGGGACCGCUUUGGGUUUGCCCCAGUUUGGAAAUACCCGAAAUUCAUUUGCUAAACCAGUGUAUGGAGCCCCAGCUCAAACAUAUUCUUCAGCAAAUGUUGUUCCUAUUGUGUCUUACUCCAACGAUAUUGGACUAGAUGGUUCUUUUCAAUACAGCUACCAAACUGGAGAUGGAAUCAGUGCUCAAGCCAAUGCUCAAGUUCGUAACGUAGGCGGAAGGGACGUUGAAAAUUCUGUCGUACAAACCGUUCAAGGAUCUUAUUCUUACACCGCUCCUGAUGGUCAAGUUAUCACCGUUAACUACGUCGCCGAUGAAAAUGGAUACAGAGCAGAAGGUGCCCAUCUUCCAACUCCACCACCAAUCCCACCAGAGAUUCAAAGAUCUUUAGCUUUAACUGGAUCCCAACAAGGUCAAAGUUUCGGACAAGGUGUUCAAUCCUUUAGAACAGGACAAUUCGCAGUCCCAAAACCGGUAUACGGAGUUUCUGGUUAG